AUGGCGAGCGCCGGGCUGCAGUUCCAGGCGAGCGCCGGGGACGCGGACCCGCAGAGCCGGCCGCUGCUGCUGCUCGGGCAGCUGCCCCACCUGCGCCGCCUGCCCUGGAGCCACGUCCGCGGGAAGCUGCAGCCGCGGGUCACCGAGGAGCUCUGGCAGGCGGCCCUAAGCACGCUGAACCCCAACCCCACGGACAGCUGCCCCCUCUACCUGAACUGCGCCACGGUGGCCGCCCUGCCCUCGCGGGUGAGCCGGCACAACAGCCCCUCGGCCGCGCACUUCAUCACCCGGCUGGUGCGGACCUGCCUGCCCCCGGCCCAUCGGUGCAUCCUGAUGGCCUGUGAGCAGUCGGAUGCCUUCGCCUCUGCUUGUGCCCUGGCCCGGGCCUUCCCGCUGUUCACCCACCGCUCAGGGACCUCCCGGCGCUCGGAGAAGAAGACCGUCGUGGUGGAGUUCUUCCUGGUGGGGCAAGACAACGGGCCCGUGGAGGUGUCCACUCUGCAAUGCUUGGUGAAUGCCACGGAAGGCGUGCGGCUGGCGGCACGCAUAGUGGACACGCCGUGCAACGAGAUGAACACGGACACCUUCCUAGAGGAGAUUAAGAAAGUUGGAAAGGAACUGGGGAUCGCCCCAACUGUCAUCCGGGAUGAGGAGCUGAAGACCCGGGGCUUUGGAGGAAUCUAUGGUGUUGGCAAAGCCGCCCUGCACCCCCCAGCUCUGGCCGUCCUCAGCCACACCCCAGACGGAGCCACCCAGACCAUUGCGUGGGUGGGCAAAGGCAUCGUGUAUGACACCGGGGGGCUCAGCAUCAAAGGGAAGACCACCAUGCCGGGCAUGAAGAGGGACUGCGGUGGAGCCGCGGCCAUCCUGGGGGCCUUCAGAGCUGCCAUCAAGCAGGGUUUCAAAGACAACCUCCACGCUGUGUUCUGCCUGGCCGAGAACUCCGUGGGACCCAAUGCCACGAGACCUGACGACAUUCACAUGCUGUACUCAGGAAAGACUGUGGAAAUCAACAACACGGACGCCGAGGGCCGGCUGGUGCUGGCCGAUGGCGUGUCCUACGCCUGCAAGGACCUGGGCGCUGACAUCAUCCUGGACAUGGCCACGCUGACUGGAGCUCAGGGCAUCGCCACGGGCAAGUACCACGCGGCAGUGCUCACCAACAGCGCCGAGUGGGAGGCGGCCUGCGUGACGGCCGGGAGGAAGUGCGGGGACCUGGUGCACCCCCUUGUCUACUGCCCCGAGCUGCACUUCAGCGAGUUCACCUCAGCCGUGGCCGACAUGAAGAACUCGGUGGCGGACCGGGACAACAGCCCCAGCUCCUGUGCUGGCCUCUUCAUCGCCUCCCACAUUGGUUUCGACUGGCCCGGGGUCUGGGUCCACCUGGACAUCGCUGCUCCCGUGCACGCCGGUGAACGUGCCACCGGCUUCGGGGUGGCCCUCCUGCUGGCGCUCUUUGGCCGGGCCUCCGAUGACCCCCUGCUGAACUUGGUGUCCCCCCUCGGCUGUGAGGUGGACGUCCAGGAGGGAGACACAGAAAGGGACUCCAAGAGGCGCAGGCUGGUGUGAGGCCGCCCACCCUGGCCUGCAGGGCUAGUUACCUCACUUUGCACUGAUUGAUUUUAAGCAAUUGUAAGAUUAUACCCUAAGAGGGGCUCUGGGUUAUUUUAAUUGUCACGGUGCUGGAAACAGCUCCUUCUUACAUCUUAGAGGCCAGCUUCGGGCUUGGCAGGGCCCAGGGAGGGUUGGAGCAUUGGGGUUUUUGUUCAGGGCCCUGCAGGCCUCCCCAGCUUUGGCAGCCUGCUCCCACCUGUGGUUCAGUAGCACCUUGGGGCCUGGAGUGCAUGGGCCUCGCCUCCGCUUUGUGCCUGGGGUGUGUGUGCCUGUGGCGCUGUCUGCCCCGGCCCCCACAGGACGCCCUGACACCUAGGCCCUUGCUCACCAGUGCUGCCGCCUCGGCCGGCCUGCCAGCGCAGGGCACCAGCGUCUGGCCUGCCAGCGUAGGGCAGAGGUGACUUGUGUCCAAGGACCCGGUUUUGUGGAGCGAGCUUGGCGCUGUCGGAAUUCACUGGGAUUGAAUUAAAUAGAGCGGCACCAUGCCACCCCUUCGGUCUGUCUCCUCCUUUCU